AUGCACAAGUUGUUGUGUAUCGACUCGCCCAAGGGUUUUCCUGCCUCGAAUGAUGCCAGCUGGACCUACACGUCGCGCCGAAAGCCGCUGCCGUUCAAGGAGGCCACAUUGAUGGUGAAGGUACGCAUGAAACCGGCGAACUACGACAUCCAAUUCAACAACUGCCAGCGCUUUGUCCGAACACUGGUGCGCAGAAUCCCUGUUCGCGAAGAGAAGUCGAUAAUCGGCAUCUGGGUCACGAUCCUACGAGUAUAUCGGAUGUUCCCGGUUUCCUUCUUCGCCACGGCCUAUGAGUACAGCAAAGGCUCCAUCGAGGAUCUUCUGCCGCAAAAUGGCAAGGCUCAGUUAUCACAGGCCGCCUUUUUCCUCCUCACCGCGGGCCGUCUGUUCGGAUUUCUGAUUAUGGUCAGGGAGCCGAAAGGGUGGGAUGUUGUCGAAGAACGCUGGAAUUACAUCUGGUUGCUGCAGACGUUGGGAAUCGAGAAUCCCGAGCUGCGGGAGGUAUACUUGCGUGGAGCGUUCGACGGCCCAAGUGGAAUGAGAAAUUUCGUGCAUUUCUUCUCCAGGGAGCGCAUGUUCCUACGAACUGCGUAG